AUACGGAGAUCUUGCCCGAUAUUCCGCAUGUACGAUGUAAAUAUGGCGGGCAAUGACAGAAAACCCAUCGAUAUUCCUAUUGAAAAUGUAGAAGAUGGUGUCCCACAGACAUCUGAAGAACAUAUAACGACAUAUACCAUCAUAGAUCAAUCAACUCAACAACAAUGAAUUCAACUUGGGUGCAGACAUCCUUCACGCAGAGAAUGUACAGUUUUUGGAGGUACCAGCUGAUCAACUAGCCAACUUAGGGUUGCUGGCAACAAUAUCAUCUGACCAGGCUAGAGAUGGGACUGAACAGGUUAUAGAAAUGACCUCGGUUGAUGAACUGCAGAACCUUGGUGUGGUGACAGAACCAGGACCCUCCAGUUAUCAGGUCGUGCAGGCCAAUGAUGGUCAAGAACCCAGAUUCAAUAUGCCAGGAAUAGAACCAACAUUACAGUACCUGACAGGAAAGAUCAGUUUUGCUGAGUUCAGUGAGUUGAUGGAAUCUGGCCAUCCAGAUGUUCCUGUUGACCUGGAAAACGUCGUACAGACAAUUCAUGUGACAGAUGUUAUCAUGCCAACAGAGGAAACUCAGGAGGAGAAACCAGUAGAGGGCACCAGUCAAUCGGAGGACAUCGAUGACAAGUCUCCGAAAAAGAAAACUCGUAAAAAGAAAAAGAAGUUUAGUGAUUUACCAGCACAUCUGGAGGGGCUUAUGGGAGAAGCUAAUCUGACAUACGCUAAAGGGGAUCACGAGAAAGCCAUCUCAAUUUGUUUAGACAUUAUAAGGAUGGCACCAGAGGCACACCUGCCUUUUCAGACACUAGGCAUGAUUUACGAAGAUCAAGGGGAUCUAAAGAAAUCUCUUCAGUACAGUUUGAUAGCAGCGUACUUGAACCCAGUGGACCGUGACAGCUGGAUAAGGUUGGCUGAGUUGAGUUUGGAACUGGAGGACAAAUCACAAGCGGUCAUUUGUUAUAGCAAAGCUAUACGAGCAGAUCCCCAGAAUCCUAAUAACAUUGACUUAUACUGGAGUAGGAGUCAUUUAUACGAGGAGCUAGGGGACAAGAAGAAGGCUCUAGAGGGCUAUAAAUCAAUGUUGAAAAUCACUCCUCCCGAGAAUGGAGAGCGGUACAUGGAACUUGCCAGAACAAUUACAAAGCAUUAUUAUGAGGAAGAUGAUAAAGUGUCUGCAAUGGAAACCAUGAAGAAUGCAUUUGAAGCCAACUCAGAAAGUGUAGCAGCAGAGGAUGUGAAUUUAUUUAUGGAGCUCUUAAUUGCACAAAAGAUGUUUCUUCAAGCCAUAGAGGUGCUGGUGAAUCACUGCGGUGUUGUGUUUGAUUUAAACAUUGACAGAGAAUGGAGCAGGGACAUUCCUCUUAACAUCUCACUUAUAGAGAAUGGUGCGGUACAAAUUGUCUCAGUUACUAUUCCAGAAUUGCUUCCCAUUGAUCUAAGGGUCAAACUCGGAAUAUGUCUGAUACAGAGCAAACUGGAUACAUUAGCACAGGUGGUUGUGGCACCCUUGUUUGAGGAGGAAGUGGAGGAGGUAGGAGAUCUAUAUUUAGACGUGGCAGAAGCCUACAUUGACCAGGGAUAUUAUGCAGAAGCAAAACCCAUUCUACAGAGACUGGUGUGCUCAGAAAAUUAUAAUCUGGCAGCUGUGUGGUUGCGACUUGCUGAGUGUUUAAACUCCCUGGGUGAUUUGGAGAGAGCGGAGGAGGCAUACAGUAAAGUUGUGGAGAUGGCUCCCUCUCACAUCGGAGCUAGGAUGUCUCUGUCUACACUACAGCAACAUCUGGGGAAGCAUGAGGAGGCAUUGAAAGCGCUGCACAGGGAUGAAUCAGAUGCUUUAUUAACCAAACAGGAAAAAUCUUUACUGAUGCAUAAGUGUAUGCUGUUGCAUGCACAGGGAAAGUUUGAUGAAUUUCACCGUACUUGUAAAUUGCUACUGUUUAACAUGUUCAAGGAUCUGAAUGACCCAGAUUUCAUCAAAGCUGUGUAUUGUCGUGUGUCUAAUAAAACCAGGAGGGAGAUCCUAAACGACCAUUUCAAACCAGGAUUCAAAGUUUUUUCAGAAAGUGUGAAGUCAGAUAUACCUAUUGAUGAUCUAUGGGAUUUGUUUGUUAAGUUGUGUGAGAUGUUGUUAAACAGAAAGAUGUAUGAAGAUCUUCUAGAAGUAACCAGUCUGGGAAUGUCAUGUCCGUACUUUAUGUUUGAACCCAGGAAACUAAAGCAAGCAGAGUUUAUGUGUUUACUGGGAUGUAUACUCACACGAAAUGAACACUUCGCCUUCAGCCAUAUGAGGGAAAUUUGUAUUAAGGAAGGAAACAAGAAUCAGGUGUGGAAUCUACUCAAUCAGGUUUUACUGAUAUCAACAGAGAGCAGACAUAAUCGCUUUUGUCUGCGAUAUCUUUUGAGUAAUCCAGAUCACAUACCUGUUGAAUUAUUAAAUGGCCAUAAUGCAGCAAUAUCAGGAACCUACAAAUAUGCUCUUGGAGAGUACGUGGCUGUACUAAGGAACUGUCCCGAUGACCCCCUGGUGAACCUCCUUAUAGGGCUGACAUUUAUUCACCUGGCAGGACAAAAAUUCUCCUCUAAAAAGCAUUCCCUGCUUACUCAGGGCCUUUCCUUUCUUAACAGUUACAAAGAGCUGAGAGGAGAGUGCCAGGAGACUUACUAUAACAUUGGAAGAGCUCUACAUCAGCUGGGACUGACCUAUGCAGCUGUACAUUACUACAAGAAAGGUCUAACAUUUCCCCCCAUUGUGGAAGAUGAGCAGAAUCGGUUUGACCUAACCCGACAGCUGGCCUAUAACUUAAUGGUGAUCUACAAAACGAGCGGGUCAGAAGCUCUGGCCAGACAGGUGAUGCACCAGUACCUAGUCAUCUGAGUGAAAGGACAGUGGUAUUUUUGGAAACACAGCAAGUUAACACAUCAUCCAUUUAAAUGGGUCCUUCAAACAGCAUCGUUACAAGCAGUGAAGUAGAAAUCUUCAGUUAUGGAACUUAAUUGUAAAAAUGUUGAGAUGCAAACUUGCAUAACGUCAGUUAAUUCUGACUGGAUGAGCACAGACAUUGACUUCACUGUGUGUGUGCAUGGAAAAUGUGAUAUUGACAGGGAAAGUGACAUGGAUACUUUCCAGGAAACCUUGGACAUAUUAUCUGUAUGUUCAUCAGUGUUUUAUGUCAUUGAGUAACCAUAGAAAUCUCUGCUGUAUCUGACUUGAAUUCCUUAUUUAGGAAACUUGACAAGUUACAGUGUACAGAGAAAAGAAGAGGGACGGUGUUCCUAAUUUAGUAACAGCCCUCCCCCGGCCAUUAAUGAAUUGAUUGAUAAAAAAUAUUUAUAGAAAUCUGAUUGGAAGCUUCUUUUAUGUUAUGACAUUACCGUUAUCAAAUGUGGAACAUACUGAAGAAAUAGGGGUUGUCUAAUAAAAUCUACAAGCACAAG